CUCAGGCGGUUCCUUAUCUGCAGCCGUAGAUGGCGGCCAACAUGCUCCAGUUCCUCCAGCAGAUGGCCGGGGCGUAUGUACCACCACCGCCACCGCCGCCUCCUAUGGUCGUGGUCACGAUUGAGAAGCUGAAGAAGAACGGAGCCGAGGAGUUCUGUGGCGACCAGAUUGCGGAACCCAUGGUCACGAAGCGCUGGCUCGAGCGUGUGAGUCGAGUACUCGGGACCUUACGAGUUCUAGCAGAGCAGAGAGGCGACCUAGCUAUGGCCUUACUUCAGGAUGCCGCCUACGACUGGUGGAAACGCGCAGGAGCGAACAUCCCGGAGCCGGUGCCGUGGGCGACCUUCGACGAGCUCUUCUGUGAGGAGUAUGUGCCCGAGCACUUCAUGGAGGAGAAGCGUUACGAGUUCAUGAAGUUCACGCAGGGUGAACUUACGCUGCCAGAGUAUCGCCAGAAGUUCGAUGAGCUGGCCGAGUUUGGUCGGGACUUGGUGCCGACAAUGGAGAAGAGGUGCAAGCGCUUCAGGGAGGGGUUACGCCCUGAUUUGUCCUCCGGACUGGUCUCCGCACCGAGGAAUGACAUCAACGACUUGUACAAGCAGGCGUUGGAGUUACAGACGGCCUUACUCAGGAAGGCUGAGUAUGAGCAGUCUUAGACGACGCAUCCUCGACCGCCAUCGCCUUCCAGAUUCGGCUCGAGCAGCAAGAGGCCUCCUCACAUACCGAGCAGCUCGCACUCGAGCAAGAAGGUUAGG